GACCCUAUCGGGCUUCGUCCCUGCGUGGUGCAGAUUAUAUAAUGGGCGUAGCCUAUAAUUACGUCAAUCUUGGCUUGAUCAUCCGCCAAAUCUCAAACUAUGCUGCUUAAAUAGUCUCAAACUGUUUCAAAUAUCUGCUCCUCAUAACGACUAGUACCGCUGUCACCAUGGCGCCCAGCAUAAUGCUCUGCAAUAACUGUGGCCACUCCAUGGAUGCUCAAGUUCCCUGCUCUCCUAUUGAUGUCAACAGGUAUCUGCGCUGCGGAGGGCAGAUCAGCGAAGCAGAGGCAGAUCUCUGUUCAAACACCAUCGUCCGUUGGCAAGAACAAGUUUUCGACUACGACGCCGAAAAUUUCCGGAUAAAGUUUGCUUUAGGGAAGCUUGAAGGUGUUCGACAAUCUCUCGUUGAUUGCAUCCAAACAUCAGAAGGGCUUCUUGCUCCCGUUCGUAGGAUUCCUCGCGACGUACUCCAAGAUAUAUUCGAAUACGUCUGUAUCUCUGUUUCAUACAGCCCCUUUCCCGGACGUGACGAGGUGUCGCUCAUAUUCGCAACACCAUUCUACCUCUCGUCUGUUUGCUUCUACUGGCGUACCAUCUGCCUAUCGUCCCCUCAACUUUGGACAUCCGUAUUUGCAAACCCCGGUCACAAUACUAUCACUUCGCACUUCGAACCUAUAUCAUCCCUGUGCGCAAAGCGCUCUGGGAAGCCUCCUUCCAACCUGCAAGUUGCUGUUGCAGAUGUCCCAAGUCGCGAUAAUCAACGGAGAUCGGACUAUAAUACCUUUGAUGCCUUGUUCUACCCCUACAAUGUCACCAUAGACCCACGCCGCUUGAAACACAUCGUUAUUUAUUUUAAACACGGCACCUUCUCAAAUGCACUCCAGACGCAUCAACCCCUGGAACUUCCUGAACUGGAAUGCCUGGAACUCUCCGGAUAUUAUUCGUCGUCCCUUUCUUACCCCCAGGAUGAACGCUUAAUCAAGCUGUUCGAGCGCACUCCAAAGUUACAUACUCUUCGUCUCUCCCUACAACGUUUGGCCAAGACUCCUUUCUCUUUACCACGCGAUCAAAUUGUCAACAUUGACCUUGCAAAUUACAACGAGUACCCAUCACUGACAGACGAAUUCCCCAACGCCGUGACUGCUACUCUGAGAAAGUGCCAAAUAAUAUUCUACGAUACCGUCGAUAUGCCCUUCCGCAAACUCAUUCUUCAUGAUUCAGACAUGAAUCCACCAUCUUCAAUGUUCGGAUUAUAUGCCAAUCCCCCAAGGAGAGUAAAUAUGCGGCGCCUCACUUCUCUGGAGCUCAUAUGCUCUGAGCCUUCGGAUACACUCAGAUACACCCUCAGCCUCCAAAACAUUCCCAGCCUCGCAAAGUCACCCCUCACAGAGCUUAUCCUUACCACAGUCACCCUCGACUGUACUGAAACACUCUCCCUCCUUUACACGGUCCCUCAACUCAGACGAUUGUCCAUUGUCGAGCGAAUCGACAUGGAGCUCAUCACUCCAGAGUUCAUCCGAGUCCUUGGGAGUGCAGAGAUUCUGCAGGAGUUGGAACAUCUGCAACUUGUCUGGUCGGGCGACGUCGAUGAGGGUGCCAUCAUGGAUCUGCUCGAAGGAAGAGCUUUAAUUUUGAGAUCCGCUGUUAUAGGCGUUCGACAGGGAGGCGAGCUCAGGGUGGAAACGCUUUCUCGAGUUCGCGCUCUGAGGAAGCACGGCAUGCAGAUAUUGCUUUGGUAGAAAAGAUUGUAGGUGUGGCGGAAGGGAAGAAUGUCGUUGGUCGGGAAGAGAAAGGACUUUUCAGAGAGCGAUCACAACAGGGUAUUCUUUUGAUCUAAUGUGAUGUAGUUGCAAAGGACUUAAAUAACACCAAGAACAAAUUUCUACGCUUGUGCUACUCGCCACGGCACUCGGUCAGAUUCAGGGGGAUCGCUGGUUUCACGCGGUCCCCUCAGUGGUGAUGCCCAUAUAUGGGUGCGCGGCGUUUUGCGUCCC